AUGUCCAAUCAGCUAUUCUUUCUUAGUCUCGCGGAUAUAUUCUCCAUUUAUCCAGCUAUUUUCAAGGAACAGAGCAAAAAGCUUAAGAAGACUAAACAAAUUUAUCUGCCCAGCGAUGAGGAGUGGCAGGAUAAAAUGUAUUUUAUGCUGCUCGAAAUACAACGUCACGUCAACGAGUCCUCCGAUAGCUCGUUGUCCCUGAACGAUAUUAACAAGAAAGAUAAGCCCGCUUUUGAUGUAAAUCGGAUUACCAAAUUUCUAACGCCAGGCACUAGUCCGAAUGGCCGACGAAGUCGAGCUCUAAAGCACUGUCAUCCCACUACAGUGAAGGUUAAGCUGAGGACGGGCUCCCGAUGGACCUUACCCACAAUAGCGAAUGCCGCAAGACUGCUGCGUAAGCCUCCUUUGCCCGUAACUUUUCAAAACGAGCACGAGAUGCGAUUAGCCUAUUCCUUGAUCUACGACGUCUUCCGCUAUAAAGUUGUUUUAGCCAAUGCCUUGAGCGAUGUAUGCUUUUUCGAGAAACAUGAAGAGUUCAUUGGCGAUGAACAACGCACCUGGCUUAUGUUAUUUGAGCUUUACGAUCGACAGUUUAAGCAUCGCAAUUCGGAGCAUCAUGAUCUACAGGCUCGGCUCUACAAAGAGGCCGAGGUGAAAGACUUGGCUGAAGUACUCUGGGAACAUCGUAUACGUCUAGCCGCGUCAAUUUCCCGAAUGCGUAUAAGCUCUGGUGCUCUACGCCUCUCCCAACUGCUGCCUAUACAUUUACAAAAUGAAAAGGUGGCCAUUGCAGCUGCAAAUCCUGUGGUCACUGGCUGGAUAAAUCCUUUUCUUGUACCCAAUAAGGCAGAGGCUGACCGCAUACUCACCGAAAUGGGCUUCACAGUUCACGGCCCGGACGAUGAACAGCCACUGUUGGAGCAACACUGCAAGUGGGACAACAUAUGUCCGCUUGUCAUAUCCUGCAUACCCAAGGAUCGCAGCGCUUUUACUAAAUCGGUGCUCAUGACUAAGCAUUACUUCAUCAUGCAGGAUAAAAAUUUUUGUUUUGGUCCUGCCGUCAUGUCUAAGCUCAUGGACUAUUUUGAGCUCGAUGGCGACAUAUUGCAAACCCAUAUAGGCUCUCCACGCUCUACGGCCUAUCUGGCUGCACUUUUUUAUUCUGUAAAUCGCGUGAACAACUUCUAUGUCUACGGAGCCGGUGCCAGCUUGAAAGAAUAUCGUCGCUACAUGGAACUAAUUGGAGUAAACAAUAUACGCCUUUUUGGGGAUGCUUUUACCUCGUUUCCAAUGGAAUCGAACCGGUUUCGCACUGUAGUCGGUAUAUUUGCCACGCCCCCUAACUCCUUUAGUGCAAUUCAAGACCCUAUUGAUUUAAUUUGCUCGCGUGGCGGUGAUCUUAGUAUGCUCGAGGUCCUGACCGAGUCCGAGGUCAGCGAUGAGGGCAAGCAGCGAGUGGCCUUAAUUCUGGAGGAACAACUGCUUACUCUCACAAUGUCAAUGUCGCGGCCGCAGGUACAAUUCGUGCUCUAUCAAACGCACUCCAUAGUGACCACCGAGAAUGAGGAUCUGGUGGACUAUGUGCUGAAGAUGGUCAAUAAAUUGGCGUUGGAGAAGCAUCGUAAUGCAUAUAAGGAAAUGAAACGUCAGGAGGCAUUAGCCGAAUUAGAGGCAGCCAACAUACCAUCCGCAGCCAUGAGCAAGGACUCGCCCCGCAAAAAGGACAAACUGUCGGCUGAGGAUAAAAAGAAAUCCCAGCAGGAGAUAUCCGCCAAGUCGGGUGAUGCAGCAGUUAUAUUGCCCACAGUGCCACGUGUGGAUAGCAUUGAACUAAUUGUAACGCCGGAUAUUGAUGAGUUUGUCCUGGACACUGUGCCCGAUAUUUGCAUUAAUCAGGACGACUGCAUUAAGCAGCAGGCGACGGGCAGCUUCCUUUCUCUGGUGCGCCGCAAGGCACUCACUCAUCUGAAUGAGAAAUACCUUAUCCUUAUGGCCGAGCGACGCGGACUCUUCGGUAAGCCCGAGCGCGACAAGACCAGUAAGCCAAGGACCGUGAAGCUGCAGGAGACUGUUGAGCAACCGCCCUUAGAUGAUGGCUAUGAUAGCCGGAUCGGCUCCUCACGCUCAAAUGCUCAGCAAGUGUUGGCCCGACUGCAGCUCGAGACUAAUGCAAGCAGCAUACGCUCCCACUUAACAAAGGUAUCGACGACCCAUCGCCAGCCCAUAGCGUUCAAUUUUAGGCGUCGCGAAUGCAAACGCUACUACGUACUACCCAUCUAUAUGCACAGCAGCAAGCAAAGCUGCCGCCUAUGGUGGCAGUACGCUUACAAAUGUGUGUCACGGAAUGGUGGUGCCGAUGCCGUUUGGAAUCCCAAUCUGAAAUUUAAACUACACUGCAAUCGAAAGUUGCGCAUGCGCACCCUUAAAGUGCGCCGGGCGGCUUUGACCGGAAGACAGCCGUUGCGUCUGCAUAUUAGGGACAUUGAACUAUUGUGCCAGGUGCGUGGGAAGGUUACAUAAUAGACGAGACAAUGAAUUUUAAAAUUAUAUUUAAUUUAUUGUAUCAAUAUAUAAUUUAU